UCCCGAUACAACUUCAGAAUUCUGAAUAGUUCGAUUAUGUAUUAUCAUAAACUUAAAGUUCAUCCUUCUCCAAAUAGUUUAUUUACAUUUAGGAUUCUCAGCAACAUGCAUUGCCGAGAUGAGUCUUCUACUACGUCAUGGCUAAGUAACGCUACGUCAUCGUCUCCUCAGAACAUUCCCGUGCUCCCCCGUGUUGCUACAAAUUGGCCAAUAUCCCUCGUCCCAAUUGAAUUCCUAACAUAAUUCUUUACUAGUUAUCAUUGUAUGAUUUAGAUCAUCUCUCCUAUACCACCCCGACGACAAUGGCGGAACAGGACCGCUACGGCGGAUGGUUUGGCGGAAAUAAAGCCGACAAGGCUCAAGAUAAACUACAGCAAAAUAUCCCUAAAGACUCGGGAGCCGAACAAGACCGCUUAGGUGGUUGGCUCGGUGAUAAAGCAGACCGUGUAAAGGACCGUGUAAAGGACGCGAUACCGAAGGAUCUAUCUAAGAGUUCCGGCGCGGAACAGGAUCGCCACGAACGCACCUUCGGCAGAGUCAAGCUUCCAUCUACUGAUGAGGUUAAGGAAAGUUUCUUACGAACAUCUGGUGCCGAGCAAGAUAGAUAUGAGCUCCAUUUUGGCCAACUCAAACUCCCCACUAGGGAAGAUAUCGAAAAGAUACUUCCUCGCGGAUCUGGGGCCGAACAAGAUAGAUACGAACGUUGGUUCGGUAGACACGAAACACCUUCGGCCGAAGAUGUGAAUAAUAGCUUACCGUCGGUUUCGGGUGCCGAACAGGAUCGCUACGGAGCCCAUUUUAAACCUACCCCCGCCGCCAGAAUCAGGUUUGGCGGCACGACAUCAACACUUGGACUUUUACAACACGCGGUACUGCCAUCUUUCGGCUUCCACAGCGGCCUCAGUCUCAUCGCGUAUGGUUUGGGACGCUACACCGACAGAGUCGAAGCUAAGGAUUGGCUGUGGCCGACUGCACAAGUAGCAAAUGCCUGGUGGAGCGCUAUUGGAAUUCCCGUGGUUCAUGAAGGAUUAUCUGUAUCUGCUGCCUGGUCUGCAUUGUCGUAUGAUCAGAAGCUCCUCUUAGGGGGUGUUAGCGCCUGGGGUCUACGUCUCUUCUACCGCGUUGCUUCGCGCAGCUCACGACGUGGUAAAGAUGACCCUCGAUACAAGACGUCGGACAGGAAGCAGCCAGACUACUGGAACAAGGCCUUCUUUACCAUGUUCCUACCUGAGGCCUUCAUUCAGACUUUGAUCUCCCUGCCGUUCACAGUGCCAUUCCGUGCUCCGAUUGCUACUGCUCUCGCUUCCCCUUUCCCUGAAGCUACGACCGUAGCCCGUGGUCUUGCUAUCUUCCUGUUCACCACAGGAUACGCUCUGGAAAUCUUAGCCGACACCCAACUUGCGUGUCACCAGCGCAAGGAGAGCGAUGAACUUAACCGCGAAGGCGUAUUUAGCAUCGUCCGACACCCCAACUAUCUUGGUGACGCUUUGACACACCUUUCCUUCCCUCUGCUCCUCUUCAGCGCUGGGCAACUACACCCCCUAACACUCCUUGGCCCCAUUACUAACUACAUCUUCCUUCGCUACAUCGGGGGAGACAAAGAAAACGAGGAGAACGAGGAGAAGCGAUACGCCAAGGAAAGCCCCAACAAAUACAAGCAACUGCAGCAGUACAAGAAGAUCAAGAAUAGCUUCUGGCCAAGUCUAUCUGAGUUUGGUAACAAGUGGCUGUGGACUGUCGCUGCGAUCGGUGCCGGCGGCGUCGUUCUUGAGCGAUCGCUAGGCCGUUUACUCAAGUCUUGAGUGUGUACAUAAAAUGACCGUGUAUUAUUACCAAUGGUAAAUAAAGUGAAUUAAA